GAAAAAAACAGUGGCCACAAUAAAAAUUAGGCGAAAAAAGUAGAAAAAUGAAUAAAUAAAGAAAUCUGGUCCUGAAGAUAAAUAAAUAGGAUUUGGAAAGAGAAGAAAAGGAAAAGAUGUGGUGUUGGUGUUCCAACGUUGUCAUCUCAGUAGGAACAGGACGACGGCGGGGGCACUGGAAAGAAGUAACGACGGAGCAUCAUCGAUUGGGUAUUCAUGCGAAUAUGGAAUCAUCGAAUUCAAUUUCAUCAAAACAGGAAAAGCAGGAGAUUAGUGGGUCAGAUGUACUGUGGGCAUUGCAGAAGAGAGUAAGCACGUCUCGUAAGAAGAAGAAGAAGAAGGAGUCAUCAUCAUCCUCUGCGCCCAGUCGCAUGGAAGAGAUUCAUGUGGACUACUAUACCGAUGUUCGCCCACUCUGUAUAAACGAUUAUUGGGGUCCCAAAUUGGAUCAAUUGGAGAAACGUCUUCGUCACCUUUCACAAGAUACUCUUUGAUUUCAUUUCAUUUCAUCAUGUUCAUUACUACCAUUCUACGGAAAUAUGUUUUUUUUUUUUUUUUUUUUUGUCACUAUUCGCACCAUUUUAAAUUUGAUUCUACUAAACUGUUGUUAUAGUAGGCAAGUACUUGCCGUGUACGAGUCGCCUUCCAUUUCCAAUCUACCAUGAAUUGUUCCAAUCCUUUACCUAUUAUAACCAAUUUCCUCAUUAUUUUAUCUCUAAAACCA